AUGUUUGGUAUACGCACCCCAACAAAAGUCACCACCCCGUCACCCCAUGCUACUGGAAUAGAGGAGAGGGAAGGAUCGGCCCCUGUACAGCCACCGACCCCGACCUUAACCCCAGCAGUGAGAAAAAGCAUCGGAGAACUGGAAGCGGCUAUAGCUCGGAGUGUAGAAGGGCCAAAAAAGCAAAAGCCCUACAAAAACAGACUCACGGAAGCCGCGGCAGUGCAGCAGAGCGCUAUUCUGCAGCUCGACGCCGCCCGAAACUUAAAAGGUGAAAUAAAAGCAGCGGUUACCUCGGCAGUAAGGAGACUUUACGAGCUGGUGAAAGAGGUCGAUUCCCAAACAAAGGAAGGAGGGGACAGAAAGAAGGAAAAGGAAAGGGGAAGUAGGGAAGUGGCAGAAAAAGAAGGAGACGCUAGUAAAACAUAUACAGAAAAACUAGAACAACAAAUAAAACGUCUGGAAAUAGAAAAUGACAGGAUGGAGGAAACCAGAAAACAACUAAAAGAGGACAAAAAAGCCCUUGGUACAGGACAAGGAAACAAUAUGGUAGAAGAAAUAAGAAAAGAACUAAGAGAAUACAGACGCGAGGAGGAGGAAAGGGAAAAAAGGAUAGAAGGAAAGAUAAUGACAUACGCAGAAGCGGCAGCAAUCAAACGAAGUAACAUUGAAACUAAUAAGGACGAAUCGAGUAAAACUCUAAAUUUACAGAGGAGCAUGCACUCCAUCAUAGUAAAAUCCUCUGGGCCAGAAACCAGCGGGGAAAUCUUGGAGCGAAUUCGAAGCAAAAUCGACACCAAAAACACCGGUCUAAAUGUCGAUAGAAUCCGGAAAGUCAAGGACCAGAGGGUUGUCAUUGGGUGCACCUCGACGACAAGAAUAAGUGAAAUCAGAGACCGCCUCAAGGACGACCAAAAACUAACAGUGGAAGAAGCCAGAACUAAAGACCCACUAGUCGCCCUCAGAGGCGUGAUAAGCACACACACCGACGAAGAAGUGGUGAGCGCGCUGUUAAACCAAAACAAGCAGCUCUUUCGAAACAUGCCAACAGAAGAAAUAAAAGUGGAGGUGAAAUAUAGGAGAAAAACGAGAAACCCACUUACAGACCACAUAAUACUACAGGUGUCCCCGCGUAUAUGGAAGGAGUUAACAGCAGCAGGUAAAGUCCACAUAGACUUUCAACGCAUAGCCGUGUUUGACCAAUCGCCGCUAAUACAGUGCUCCAAAUGCCUUGGUUAUGGUCACGGCCGGAAGCACUGCAAAGAAACGGAGACAACCUGCUACCACUGUGGAGGAACACAUUUAAAAAUUGACUGCCCAAACUACAAAGAUGGAGCCUCCCCAACAUGCGUGAAUUGCAAAAAGGCGAAUGUGACUCAAACAUCACACAACCCAAAUGACCCAGAUUGCCCGAUAAGAAAAAAGAUGGACAGUAUAGCCAGAAGCCGAGUGGCGUAUUGCUAA